AUGUCCGAGGACGACGCACCACUCGAUGGAGUGCCGCUACCGGUAUACCCUCUCCCCUCGAAACCAUUCCCCGUGCAGCCUCCACCGAAGAUAGCGACUGGCUUCGCGCCAGUCAUUCCUUUGGACAAGAGUGGAAAACCUGUCCGACGGUGGCGACAAGUUAACCGAGAGGUUCGUGGCGUCGCCGGUGGUCGAUGGUUCGUCAAGUCCUACGUUGGUGAAAAGGAGUCCGAGUACGCAGCCGCGAUGGCUGCACAGCAAGCCGCGAUGGCAAGUGUAGCGGGGGACUCUCUCUCUGGUCUUGCUCUCCCAAGGCUUUCUGCUGUUUCAAUAUCCGGCACCGGCAGAGGCCGCGGUCGCGGGGCAAGACACAAUGUGGACCAUUCGUCAACUGUCGCAUCUUCACGCGCAGGCUCGGCGAUGCCGGACAGUAUCUCCGCUCAGUUCAAAAAACCAUCCACUCCUCCAGGCUAUGCCGCCGAUCCCAAGUUCAAGAAGUACACACAACAAGUGGAGAAGUGUCUGUCCUCUUUUGACAGUGUGCAUGAAUGGGCCGACUUCAUCUCAUUCCUGAAGCAAUUGCUCAAGACGCUUCAGUCCUACCAGCAGUUCAAGGAGAUACCCCGGAAGUUGGUGGUGUCGAAGCGGUUAUCACAGUGCUUGAAUCCUGCCCUCCCGAACGGCGUGCAUCACGCGCACUGGACGUGUACUCGCACAUCUUUGCUGUCCUCGGGGUGCGUAUGGUCCUCAAAUUCCACUUUCACUCCAUUAAUCCAGUCGUCAUUUCAGUCUGAAGGUCUCCUACGAGAUCUUGCGUUAUGGUCGUCCGGACUGUUCCCAUUCUUCGAAUACGCCUCAACAGCAGUCAAGCCUACAGUCCUGAACCUUUUUGAUACCCACUACCUUCCUCUACAAGCUGCCCUUCGACCCGUCAUGAAGUCGUUCAUCCUCGCGUUACUACCUGGUUUGGAGGAAGAGACAGGAGAGUACUUUGAGAAGGUUCUUGCGUUGCUUGACCGUCUAGCAGGCACCAUUUCGCAAUCAUUCUUCUUCCAAAACAUCUGGCUUGUAAUGCUGACAACUCCGCGCGCCCGAGGAACCGCACUCAGCUACCUCUCCAGACGCCUACCCCCCUUCAAGCCGGAUGAGGACAUCACACCAAUCGUCGGCAGUGACCUCGGGCUCAUGAUCAGGGCGUUUUCUGCUGCUCUGGAAGAUGACGAUCUGCUUGUGCGGAGGGGUGCUCUGGAUAUUUUGCUUCAAUCCCUCCGUAUAGAUGGCGUUGCCGUGAUAAAGUCGCAACCAGACGAUCGAGCCAUCCUGAUGCGCGCGGCAACUAGCGUGGUCCUUCGACGCGACCUAGCACUCAACCGAAGGUUAUUUUCAUGGUUGCUCGGUCCCGCAGAAAGCAGCCAAGCCCAAAUGGAGUACUACAAGCAAUAUUCGCUUGAUCUUUUGCGUUCGACCCUCAGAAAUGAGAUGUUCAACCCGUCUCCAGAGUAUUCUCAAUCACGGCCGUUUAAGAUCUUCAUUUCGCUUCUCGACAAAUGGGAGAUCGGUUUGCCAUUGACGGAGGUACUGGUUUACGACGCUUUCAAAGCUUUGCGGAAAGCACUGGGCUCGGGUGCAGAUUCUGGUGACGAUAAUGCGUUGUGGAAUCGCCUAUUGCAUGCGAUCCUGCUGGAUUUUGAUGGAUCUCAAGGCCGAUCUCAGCUUACGGACAAUCGUCAGGGGUGUGGCAUGGUCAAAUACAUCUUGACAACUUUCCACACACACGAUGAGGAAAUCGAGACUAUCACCUGCCGGAUUGCGCCGUCAACCUCGUCUCAGUCGAACACUCCAUUCGUGGCCGCCUUCGAGGACAUUGUCACUCUUACGACCGUAUCAUCCGCCGCGCUUCUCAGACAAGUCGACAGGAACGACCGUUUGCCUCAACAAGUACUUCAGUCCUCGCUCUUCCUACUGGAGGAACUUGUGGGCCGGUUGGACGCGGAGUCAGAAGUUCCCUUGGUCGUUUCCUGGGAUCCGGCGAUGUGGCUGUCCACUAACUCCCAGUUCCAGAUCGCGACCUUCGUCAUCGUUGACCGGCUCGUUGCAACCGCCGUGAAGUUGCAUCAAACAGACCGACUAGAGCCGGUAUUUUCUCUCAACAAGCGUGCCUACAUCCAAACGAUGGUCGACGUGCUAUUGUAUUAUCUUCGCCCAUCCUUCACGGCCUAUCAUGUCCGCGCGGUCGGCCUAAUCUGCACAAUCACCGGCCGAUUGCAAGACGCAUGCGAAGCAUUUGGUGUGUUGUGGAGGCUUACUGAGGACAGUGCCCUCCCCGGAGUACACCUCAAGGUUCCAAUGAUGUCCGUUCUAGAGACCCUGCGAAGUGAGGACCCCAAGCUCCGGCGGAUAGGUGAGACAUGGGUACGCUGCAGCUUGAAGUCCUAUCUUCGAGUGCUUGACCCGAUUCUGUGCGACCUCUUCGACCCAAAUGUACAAUACUCUCCAUCCUCAACUGAGAUCAACGGCAAGCAACUACAAGGGUUCGCCUACGACCGCCCAUUCGAUCAGCAUUACGUCAACUACUUGCUGGAGACCCUCCUUUCUGUUAUCAAGUUUGGGGGUCAAGGGUUCAGCAAGAUCGCCCGAAGCACUCCCAUCGCUCGUUCGAUGUAUGCCAACCUCAUGCAGAGAUUACAGCACGUGACAUCUGCGUUUCCGGACACUACCUACAUGGAUAUCAUGUCGCAGUUGCUCAUGAGGAUUUUGCAGUCUGAGCCGAAGGCGUCUCUCAGUCCCACCAUGCACGCCUUCAACAUCGUUGCGCAGAACCUCUCAGCGGAGAUCCUGCAGGCAUUGGUUGCCCGUGGCGAAGUCGAUCUGAUCACCCUCGAGUCGCUUGAGUCCGCAGUGGUCCAGAAGCUUUAUUUUUGCGUUCACUCGGGCCGACUCGACUUGCAGAACAAGUUACUGCAUCUCCUCCACUCGAUCAUCGUCGCCUCCAUCGCUGCCAGACAGGGUUCAUCUCCUCAGGUGGACCGUAGUGUCUUCAAGAAGGGAAUCUCAUGCCGUUCAUCCGCUGUUGUCCAGACACUCGUCGACGGAAUCUCGCUGCCUUCAAACCGCUCCCUCCUCCAGCAUUGGCUUGACUUCGUCAUGAUGACCGUUCCGCAAUUCAAAGAAAUGCUCCAAGUCGUCGUCAGUCCUCUCACGGAAUGUAUCUGCCGUCAGCUUCGCCUGGCCCUCACCGAGAUCUUGGACGCUUCGGUGGACGGGCCCCGUGACAGUGAUAUUGUCUCUUACACCACGGACGCCGAUUUUAUGAUGUUGCUGACAGUCCUCGAACGGCUGUCACUGCUGAGCAUGACUCGCACCGGGACGGAGCAGGUCCAAGACGAAGAUCAACAAGCAGCUGAAAAGGGCUUGCAGGAGUCCAGUGGCCUCCUCGGAUAUGUCUCGAAUGUCUUCAGCUCUGAGGGAGGUGGCUCUACCGAAGAUACAUUGAUUGUGAAGUCCUCCGACUACCGCUGUUUACACAAUGCCGUGCGAGUGCUGUUCGCGAUGUGGGACAAAUUGGUUGUCCCGUCAGACAAUCACUGGGCGUCGAGGGAAGAAUCACUGUCCUUGAUAUACUCUCGCGCAAGAAACCGUAGUCGACGCGUGUUGGAGCAUCUUUUCCGCGCAUAUUCCACCGAAGUUCUCGAAGCAGUCAUUGACUGUUGGUGGGAGCAGGUCACAGCACGCCCGGAUAACGUGGAGACCUCCACAGCGUAUGAUCUAGUUGAUACGCUCACCGCAAGCGCUCAGAAUGCCGUACACAUGCUUUGUGAAAGUAUUUCGUGCCGUAUACCUGGUUUGUCAGAACGGACCAAGAAAGCCGUGGCGUUCGCGGAACUGCAUGACAUGACGCUGUUUGAUUUCCUGGAGCAAUACUUGAAGCGGCUCGAAGGCCCUCUGGCACUGCAAGUCUGGAAUCGGUUCUUGCAGCUGGCCAAAGACUUGUUGGGUUCCCUGCGUGACUUCCGUCCACAAGCUUUUGCUGCGUUAAAAUGUUUCACCGUGCUCGCUGACAAGGUCUCACAAACGACUGCGUUGGAUGACAGGCGAAUUAGAAAAGACAUGCAGGAGACGUACGGGAAACUACUAGACCUUUGUGUUCUCUCUGGUCGUUCACCUGAAUCCGGCUCGUGGAUCCGGAGAAGCCAACGAGAAGCUCUCAGCACGAACGGUCGGGAUUCUCCGACGCCGACGUUGCGGGUUGCAGAGAAGAUGGAGGAAAAGAAUACAAGUUCUGUAUCUCUACCUCUUCCUGAUGCCGGCAAGGCUACCUAUGGCUCUGAUGUCUCCCAGCAGGUCAACUCCUACAUCGCCUCCGACGCACUGCCGAACAUGCGCAAGCUUCUCAUAGACUCAGACAAGGUGUUAGCGGCAUGCAACCAGAUUGUCUACAACAUCGUCACCCCCGCAUUGAAAGGAAAGGCGAGGCCACUGGAUAUUGAAGACGACAUCAUCGCCAUAAUACGAGAGAUGACGAAGAUCAAUAUUGCUGUCAAAGCAUGGCGCCCACCUGUCUUCGAUUCGCUCAGCGAUAACAGGUGCUUCAAUUCAACCGCCGACGCUGGACAAGCAUGGAUGCCUAUGAUGAAGUCGUUCUUCGACACAGACAAAACUGCCUUGCCCGAGUUACUAGGCAAAAUCACAACCGUCUCUUCGGCCAAUAUUUUCACCAACCGCGAAUAUGAGAUGCUCCUGCGAUCAUUGAACUUGCGGAGGUUGUCCUACGUGAUUUUGUCGGCUGAGAAGAACCAUUUCCUUGCGCAAUUGCCCGCUAUUCAGGAGAAACUCGUCGAUACCCUCCGGAACGUUUCGGCACCAAUUGUGCAGAGCGAGGUGUUCCUCUGCGUGCGCGUCCUGCUCUGCCGCCUCUCUCCACAUAACUUGUCAAGCUUCUGGCCGGUAAUCUUGGCGGAGCUGUACCGCAUCUAUGACCAAAUUAUGCAGAGCAUCCCCGGGGAUGGGUCGGAGGAGCUCUCUGUGAUUUUGUCCGCCUGCAAGCUGCUCGAUCUACUUCUUGUCCUUCAAACAGAGGAGUUCCAGGUGCAUCAAUGGAUCUUCAUCACCGACACCGUAGACGCCGUUCACCGACCAGAAGCAUGGUUCCCAGAAGCGCUGCUGGACCGACUAGCAGAAGUUGUUGGCGCCUUGCCUGUCUCAGAGGUGCGCGCACAUCCCCUCCCGGCCAUUUGCCUCCCCCCUAACGCACUCGACUCUCAGGGUGGCUCGUCAGCUUCCGGCACUCACCUCCCAACCCCCGCCGGUCUACACACGCACAUGCGCUGCCCCCUCCUCGCGUCUGUGCGGCAGAUCGACAGUGUGCGCGACCUCGUGCCGUUCUUCUCGUCCGCGAGCAUCGCGUCCUACGAGAGCGUCUACUACUCCUCUGGGGUCAUCGACUGGCCGGCGGUCGAGCGCGGCCUCCUCGACGACCUCUUCGACGGGCGGUGA